AUGGCCACUACUUCAUUCAAAGAGCAAUUUUCAUCAAAUACUGACCAGCAAACACAUGACACCGCUGAUGUAUCAGCAAAAGAAAUAUAUCAAAGUAUUAAAGGUCUGAACUUAAACAGCUACGCAACCCGUAAAUCAAUUGCUCAGGGAAUGCUUGACCUCGCACUGUUAACGGCCAAUGCUUCCCAGUUGAAAUAUAUACUUACCGUUGGAGUAGCUCACGAAUUCUAUAUUUUUUUGCUGGUUUUAAUUAUUAUAUCGAUUUCACUGCAGAUAUUCCAAGCGCUCCUUAUCCUUGUCUUAGCCGUUGUUUUCGAUAUUAAUAAGAUUGAAGAACAAAAGCGGUCUGACAUUAUCAACAACAUCUUGAUAGCAAUUACUGUGAUAAGUGUCGUAGUGAAUGUUAUAAUUAGUGCGUUCGAUAUGAAAUCACAAACAGACAUAUUAAAACAAAACUAA